GGCGAUGUUUUCACAAGGAACGGCUUCAGGUUGAUUGCAACACAAUGAACUUUGGUAGGAAGGUUGGUAGUGUCCAGAGCAUAACGUUCACUGAAAGGACAAGUGUGCUUUGUCAGAAAGGCACAUAUCUGGAGACCUAAGGCUGGACAGGGGGACAUAGGCUAUUAGGGUAGUUGAUUUCUUAUCUUAAGGGGGGUAAAAAUCAAGGCUGAAUUUGAACAACCAACAAAGGAAAGAGGGUUUGAAAGACGGGACCUCGUUUUUCUUCAUCCACCUAAACUAUAACGGCCACAAGACAACACUUUCCUGCACAAAGCCCUUCUCGCCACAACGUGGGACGUUUUCUGCCUUUAAAGGGUCGGUUUAUCUCCCUUAUCAGACCGUCUUCUAACUUUGCUGGCAGCGGUUUUCCUCGGGAAAUAUGUUCUGGUGAAUUUGACAGUUGUCGUAAUCAGCUUUACCUGGAAACUCCGUUUUCGAUUAGAAACUGCAUUUUGAGAAUCAUCCCUUUAAAAAAAAGGAUUUGGAGUAAAUCACAUCCAUGUAGCCCCUCCUCUUUCUGCUGCAACUGUAACGCUGACGGAGAGCCAAAACACGAAAGAGCUUCGAGUCAGUCUGACACCAAGGACAGAGGAUCUCCAGAGAAUAGACGAGCACAAGAAGGGAUCAAGUGCGAGAAUUAGGAUAACCUCGCAUUUCUUGGACUAUGUCAACAGGAGUAAAGAGACUCGACCAGUGAUCUUGCUUCUGUAGGAUUUUAUUCCUGUGUUUUGUGAGUAUUAAACUGAACAGGUUAUCUUCCCUGUAAAGUGGAUCCUUCCUUCCUCUGGAGUGGAUCCUUCCUUCCUCUGUUAUAGCACUAUGCAAGUUUUAAGUUGUAAAGAGUUAGGUCCAGUUCAUGCUUUAGGAAUGUAUAUGAUUGUGUUGUUAGUUGAUUGAAUAGUUUCUAUCACAGUAAUAACAAUGGUUGAACCGGUUGGAUUUGUGGAGGCAUGGAGAGCCCAGUUCCCUGAGUCUGAUCCCCCUUGCAUGGAGAUGAAUUCAAUGGGGGACAUUGAACAGGAGCUGGACAAAUGCAAGGCAUCUAUCAGGCACUUGGAGAAGGAAGUAAACAAGGAGCGCUUCCGGAUGAUCUACCUGCAGACUCUGCUUGCAAAAGAGAGGAAGUCUUAUGAUGGCCAGCGAUGGGGAUUUAAAAGGACACCCCAGAUGAAUGCUGGAGACCUGUCCACUGGGCAAGACUGCCAGAAGUCCCAUGUUGAUGAGGCACCAGUGGAAGAGCAGCAAAAGAGAGCGCCUGGCAAGACAGCCAGGUGUAAACCACUUCCAGAAGGAGAGGUGGGUGGGGUGUCAUCCGUCCGCCAGGAGUCAGAGAUUCCUGAUUUUCCGCUGGGCACAGGCUCGGUAGCAGCUCUGAGAUCCAACUUUGAGCGCAUCAGGAGAGCCAACUCUCAUACAGCCGGAGAUGGCAGAGGGUUGUCAGUGAUGGGCGGCCAGGACAAACCUUUCUAUGUGAACAUGGAGUACCAUCACGAGCGAGGGCUGGUCAAAGUCAACGACAGGGAGGUGUCAGACAAGAUCAGCACCCUGGGCUCUCAGGCCAUGCAGAUGGAGCGUAAGAGAUCCCUGCACUCGCUCCCAGGGAACCUGUCUGCCGCCACGGGGGACAUCAGCCAUGCUGUUCAGAGAGGCAGAUCCACUGAGGGGAACUGCAGCUACAACGGGUCAUAUGAUGAUGCUGAGGUCAUCCCACACUUACUGAAAGACGGUGUGAUCCGUUCCACUGGGGGAAAGGCUGAGUGCCAGCCUUACACUAGUGUGUAUGUUGGAGGAAUGAUGGCUGACGGGGACACUCGAGUCAUCCACAUUAGGGACCACAGCCUAGAGGAGGAUGCACACCUCACCUGGCCGAGGCGCUCCUAUUCUCCCGGCAGCUUUGACGACGUAGGAGGAGGGUACACACCAGACUGCAGCUCCAACGAGAACUUAACAUCCAGCGAGGAGGACUUCUCCUCGGGCCAGUCCAGCCACGUGUCUCCCAGCCCCACCGCCUAUCAGAUGUACAGGGAGAAAAGUCGCUCACCUUCCCAGCAUUCCCAGCAGUCCUUUGAGAGCAGCAGCCCACCCACACCCCUGUCUCAGAAACGUCUAAAGCAGCAGGUGAUGGUGUCUGAGGCCUCUGUCAUCGGGCUCCGUAAAACGGGCCAGAUCUGGCCCAGUGAUGGGGACUCCACCACGUCCAGCAGGACCUCUCAUGACAACAGUGUUCAAGGAGAUCUGGGUAGGUCUGCAAGGCACACUGCACAGAUGUUCUUCAAGCCUUUCAUUUUCAGGAUUAAAACAGCAAAGUAUUCUAAUGGGUAG